UUUUAAGACUUCAAUUGGCUAGCUGGUAUGAAGAGCAGGCAAUUGCAAGAAAUAGUAUUAAAAGUUAGGUUUCAGUUUUAAUGUGGAAUCAUAGGAGACCUGAGCGAAGGGGAAGAAAUGGCCACUUAACGCACAAUGUAUCAUUGUACGGGAACCGUUAAUUUAAACGUUGGUCAGCCGUUUCAGAAAAAAAAAACAAACAAAAUGAAACUCCGAGCACGUUUCACCCUGGAGACGGAAUUUACCACGUGUUCUCGAUCAGCUCAAGUCACGAGAAAAUGAAGGACACCCUUAUUUUUUCGCGUAGUGAUGCUAAAGGAAGUUUCCAAACUGCAAGGCGAAGUGACGUCAAAGGGCCGCCCCUCGGAUUAGCGUGCCAAAGAGAAGGUGGUCAAACGUGUCGCCAUGAUGGCGGAGGUUUUUGCGCGCUGAGCUAAAUACAAUAAACUGAUAAUCGAGGGCGGAAUAAUACCCCAGCAGGGGUGUUGAGCAAAGAAUACAGAGAAUGUCGAAACGUAAUCGAUUGUUAUAAAUAAUAAUAAUAUCGCAGAUAAAGGGACACGUAGAGACAGAAAUUCGUUAAUAGGUCAGUAUCAUUUCGAGUGGUGAACAAUUGCUAUCUAGUUCAAUUUCGCUGGAUACGUUUCGAGUGACGAGGUCCUCGCUUUAUCAGUCUUGACAAGCCGUGGAUUUUUUUCCACGACUCCGAGUGUGUACAGAAAGCUACGCUGGCUGUGAUCGUUUGACGAAGAGGAAAACAAGUUUUAUUUUAGCGACGUGAAUUAUCUUGCAUCUCAUUGAAAAAACCAGAGGGGAGCCUACGUGGGGAGUCUGUUCUUCUCAACACUUGUGACUGUGUUUACACUUGAGCUACCGGCGCAUGUGACAGACUGCGUUCAUUUGCUGCGAUGGCUGCUCAGCGUAAGCGACCCAGAGAAACUUCUCCGUGCAGAGAAGGUACAAAAUUUCAAAAACUACACAAAGAAACACGGCAAAGAAGACCAUUAUCGCUACUGGAUUUGAGUGCCCAGUGCGUGGCAACUUAUAUUCCUUUUCAGCACGUAGAAGAGCGGAGCGCGCCUAUACCCGAACCUGUACAACUCAAAGUAGUUUACUGGUCAUUCCCGAGAAAUGAGCGAGAUAUUUGUAUGUAUUCGUCGCUUCACGCUACAGUUACACAUAACGAUGCCAAAAGACUGCCGUUUCAGAGAGGUUUAGCACUUCUGGAGGAAAAUGCCGUCAGCGAAGUACUUCAAGUCGGUUUUCAACUUAGUGGAAAAGUUGUGGAGCAAGAAAAUACGAGAUACGGGACACAGCGGGAGGAAUACAGUGUGUCCGUGGGAUUCGAUAGGUGUAAAAUAACCGAGGUGUCGUGCACUUGUGGUAACAAAGACAUUUUAUGGUGCCCUCAUGUAGUCGCUCUUUCGCUUUUCCGAAUUCGCAACCCAGACAAGGUGACUCUUCGAGUGCCAAUCUCAGAGACAUUGCUUCAAAUGAAUCGCGAACAACUUCAGAAACUUUUGCAGUAUCUUAUAACAGAACAUCACACAGAAGUCUUGCCUACUGCGCAACGAUUGGCCGACGAGAUUCUGCUCAAGACUUCGGAGAUCAACCGCUUACCGGGCGCUCCUGAUCCUACUGCGGGCGCCGGCGCGGAGGACGAAAGCUGUUGGCAUUUAGAUGCUGAACAAGUUAGGCAACAAGUUAGGAACUAUCUCUCACAGGGAGGGUACUAUGGCAGUGGAAAACAUCUUCUAUCUAUGUUCGCCAAGGUACGAGAAAUGCUCCGUGUCCAUGACAACAAUGGCUCACGCAUGCUCAGACUUAUCACAGAACAGUUCCUUGCGGACCCAAGGCUCCAAAUAUGGAAAGAACAGGGCACCUCAAUGAAUGACAAAUGCCGCCAACUGUGGGAUCAGCUCGGUGCACUGUGGGUGUGUGUAGUUUUGAACCCGGACAGUACUCGAGUGGAAAAGGCCGCAUGGAAACAACAGCUAGAAACCUGGAGCAGACAAGAAGUUUGCCCGUUAGAAAACCCGGAUGCUCAAAGCGCAGAUGAGAACGACGAAGUUGCAGACGAGAGUUGUACCCGCCGUACCGUGUUUUUCAGAGCAGUGCAAGCUUGUGACUUGGACUGGGAAGACUACGAUUUGAAAUGCAUCAUUGGCCGUGAUGGAGAUGAUCAAGAAAGCGAAUAUUUGACAUGGAAAGAGGACGUGCCCAUGGCCGCUGCUCGGGUAGAUGCUUUGCGGGCUCAUGGUUAUCCUCAAGAAGCUCUGCGAUUGGCUGUCGCAGUCGCACGUGGUAUGAAAGAAGAACAGCUGGAAAAAGUCUACGAGAUGGAAGCUCUGUUGGAGAAGUUCACCGAGGAAGACAUUGCAGAGAAACUUUGCGACGAAAACACAGAAAAAGACGAGUUUAUAGAAGGCUGGAUCGGACAUCAACUGGAUCCUAUUGUUGUACUUUACGAUACACUUAUAGAGGAAGCUAUUGGUCCUCAAGACAUUGAAUCAGACUCGAUGGAAGACACAGAACUUCACGAUAUGAGAACGUUUACAAACGUUCCACUUCCGGAAUACGGGACCGGAAAUGACACUUUCUUGACAUUAGCUCUUGAAGUGGCGCUCAUGGGGCUUGGGCAACAACGAACAAUCCCCCUGGGAUUCUAUGCCCAGGAUAAAGCUUGUCGACAAGAAGAACAUCUCAUCGCGCAGCUAAAUCUGCUGAACUUUGAUAACGUGCUUUAUCCUGUCCUCAAAACACAAACUGAACUUCUAUUGAAAAGCGGUCCUUUCAGCAGUCUGGGACUCGGUGUGCAGAAAAACAGCAUUCCUAUGCACACAUUCGCGCGAUUUUUGUUCAGUAAAUUUGUGAAGAAGGAUUCGGACCUUGCUUUCAAGCUGGGCCUCCGUGCCAUGCGUUUCCUGGCUUUAGAUGACUUUACUGGGGACAUUGCGGAUGAGGAGAUACCCUUAGUGGGCCCUUACAGGUCAACUCGCUUGUACACGCUGGGACACUUGCAAUCACAGCAGUGCGAGCUCGCCUCACGCCUGCUCAACGCUGCUAAGAAUUCCACUGACCGGUUACCAGCUAUUCUACAAGCUUCGCAACAGCACAUGCACUCUGCCCCUCAGCUCUUCCGACUCGCGCAGGACGCGUUCAAACUGUCCAGCGGUGAGACGUCGGAAACACGUGACAUCGACAUGCUACAGUUCGCGAUGGAACUGGGACUGAAAGUAUUGCGGAUGACGCUCAACGCUCGCAACUGGCGACGACGCGAGAUGGUGCAGUGGUUGAUAGAGUGCGCUGUGGAAGCUGGCACGUCCGCCCUCAGUCUUGUCAUGAAAAACUGGAGCACACUGUUCACGCCAACAGAGGCAACAUCUUUGGUGGCGACCACAGUCAUGGCGCCUGCCACAGCGUCACGCCUUGAACUCUCAGUAAUCGAGGAAGAGGCGCUCCUGUGUUGCGCAAGAGCGCUGGCACUGCAGUGCGCCAGCCGGGAUCCGCAGAGGUGCUCACUCUCCACGCUAACACUCUGUGAAAAGAACCCUGCUGCUUUCGAGGCCGCCUACCGCCUGGUUGUGGAGUCAGCAGCUGUGAUACCUCCAACACAGCUCUUCGCAAUUGCGCGGUACAUGGAUUACCGCGGCUACCCUCAGAGGGCCUUUAAACUCGCCACCCUGGCCAUGAAACACUUCACCUUAGCUUACAAUCAAGACAGCCACCCCUCCAUAGGAGACAUCCACUGGGCAUGCGCUUUGUCCCAGGCUCUAGGCUACAACGAACUCACACAGAUCAUUCCGCUCAUUAUCAAAGCGGUGCACUGUCCGACGGUGCUGUCAGAUCUGCUCUUCCGAUGUACCCUUGCAAAAGCUGCCGCUGAUGACGCCCAGAAUGGGCAGCAGUAUUUUAUCAAGGACAACUGCGGGCUCAAUUGUGACGAAGAGCCUCUUAGGCAACUUAUGGAGGCCACCAUCAGUGCCUAUGUGAACACUGCACAUAGCAGGCUGAAUCACAUCAGCCCCAAACAUUACAUGGAUUUUGUGACAUUCUUGAGCAAAGCACAGGAAACUUUUCUGUUAGCGUCGGACGGAAAUGGUCGCUUCCAAGCGCUGAUAAACAACAUGAAGGUUUUGUACAAAGGAAAGAAGAAGCUUAUGCAGUUAGUUAAAGAAACAUUCGGAUAAACUCCGCUCAUUGGAAUAAAGUUUGAAAUAUAAAUUAUUUAUGAAAUGAACAUUCAAAAUUGUGCUAAGAGAUGAAAUAUUAUUGCGUUGCGUUAGGCGAUUAAGAGAAAAUUGUAUAUAUUAUAUAGCAAAAUUUAUGAAGAGUUCUUUCCCUCUCUCUGUUUCCGGCGCCUCUAAACUUCAAAUAGAGAAACGAAUGUUGCUUUGGAGCGCUGUUUACCGUUUCAGUUAAUCAGUGUGCCCUUAGGAGUGGUUCAAAUUAAAAAUGUUUUCAAAGAUUUA